UCUCGCACACCAAGUCGCCCAUCACAACGUCCUAAAGCAGCAACAUGGCCGCCAACGCUGUCGCCCCCAUCGUCUACCAGCUGCAGGAAGGUCUUCGCAACGUCGACCUGAGGAGCUUGGUCAAUUCGUUUGACCUGAAGGGCUUGGUCAACAAGCUGGACAUCCAGACGCUGGGCCUGGUGGCGCUGGUGGCUGUGGCCGCCGUGUUCCUGUUGGACCUGUUCACCAAGAGCUACACCCCCUUCGGCAGGAGUCUGGUGUCCUCCGCCGCCCACGCCUGGGAUAACGCUGACCAGUGGGGCCUCAGCGAAAGUGUCCGUGGAAGUGAUUCAGUCACAAUCCUUAACGUCCACAACAAAAUACCAGUGACACUUGAUUAG